AUGUCGCUCUUCGGUGCCUCAAAAAAGCAGCCAGAUGUGAAUAAAAUGAAGGAUGAAAUACAGCAAGCAAGCGCCUUAGCUAAUGCUCAACAAUUGAUAAAUAAUAUGAACAAUCAAUGUUACAGUAAAUGUAUACUGAAGCCAUCCAAUGCGUUAUCCAGUGGUGAAGAAGGCUGUUUAAACAACUGUAUGCAGAGGUAUAUGGAGGCAUUCAACAUCAUUUCCACAACAUAUGUCCAUAGAAUGUCUAAAGAAAGGCAUGAGCAGGGUGUAUAA